GCCUGAUAUAAAGCUGUUCACCAUUGCAGGCUGUAAUGUUCCUUUUGUGAAAUAGCGACCCUUUUAAUCGGACCUUUUUUUUUUUGGAAAACUAAGAUGGGAAAAGGUAAACUGGAAACUUCAACUUCUGCCAAACGAAGACCGGAGGACACAAGCAGAAACGAAAACAAUGUGAAAGAAGCUAAAGAAAACAAACAUGAAAAGUCCAUGACGUGCCUAGGGCAAUCAACAAUACACAGUUGUCUAAAUCCAAGCAAGCUACGCUCCCCAAUCCGGAACAGCCCUCUUGCCCCAAUUCAUGAGGACAAUUCUGUAACAAGCAAUUCCCCUAAUAACACAAGCAAAUCAAGUAAAGGAAAAGGUACAAGUGUGUUGACUGCACCUAAACAAAAGAACACUGGCAAGCAGAUCCAAUGGGAUCCAAUUUGUGGAUCAAAUGAGCAGACUGUUGUGCUCCAUGAAGAUUCUGAAAUAACAAAACAAAAUAAAUCUGGGCUGGGGUCUAACAGCAAAAAGUCAACAAGCAGGAAAUUGAAAGGCAAAGAUUCCAAACACAAUCGAAAGGUCACCGAUUAUUAUCCAAUUAGACGGAGUUGCAGGAAGAGCAAAGCGGAAUUAAAGUGCGAAAAGCAGCAACACAUUGAUGACCUUAUCACAAACAAUGUAGAAGUGGGGCUGAAGGUAAAAAAUAUUGAAGGAAAAGGAAGAGGUGUUUUUGCAGACAGAGAGUUCCAGACAGGCCAGUUUGUAGUGGAGUAUCAUGGGGAUUUGCUAGAGAUUGCUGAUGCUAAGGAAAGAGAAUCUCAAUAUGCUCAAGACCCAACCACAGGCUGCUAUAUGUACUACUUCCGCUACCUUGACAAAACAUACUGUGUGGAUGCUACCAAAGAAUCCAACCGUCUGGGACGACUGAUUAACCACAGUAAAAAUGGCAACCUUCAGACCAAAAUACAUGAGAUAAACGGCAUGCCUCACCUCAUCCUUCUGGCAUCCAGAGACAUCAAUAUAGAUGAGGAGCUGCUUUAUGAUUAUGGUGACCGGAGUAAAGAAGCCAUUGCUGCUCAUCCUUGGCUCAAACACUAACUCUCUUUUAUAUAAGUUUUUGUUGGCGUUCGUAUAGACACAUGUUAUGUUUUCAUGUAGUAAACUUGUACUGUAAAGAUACAAGUAAUGUGUUGCCAAAAAAGUCAAUUUACCAUAAAAUGAAUUGUACCCUGUAUUGUGAUUGACCCACAGUGCCUAUAACUUAUUUCUUAAAGGAUUGUUAUAUUGUGGGUUUAUGCUGAAUGAAGAAGCCCUCUUAUUUUUUUUAGCCAUUUGCUAACCUCUGUCUUCAUGAUAAAGGAAUGGUGGAUGAUUCCAUUCAGUUGAGCAUUAUUUUUUUUUUAUAUACAUAUAUAGAUUUGUGCAAAAUGAAGCAUUUUAACGUGCACUGGAGUUUAUUUUAAAAUGCGUUUGGCCCAUUUUUUUUUUUUUUUUUUUUUUGUAUUGAAUUAUUUGUAUAUUUUAAGCUCAUUUAAAAUGUACAUUGUUCACAAGAACAAAAUAUAUAACACAGCUUAAAAACAUGUUUUUAUAAACAAUUUAAAGUAAUAGUGUAGAAAUUGUUUGGAUCUCUUUCAGUAAACAAAGUUCAGUGAUUAAACUUUAUAAUUUUCUUCCUGCAUUUGGACACAAAUGGAAUUAUAACUUGUGAUUAAAGCCACAUUCCAUGUAAUACCCUUGUAGCUUUAUAUAAUUUAAGAGAUUCAUUGAAUUACAAAUCAUCUGUACAGCAAUCCCUUAACUAAAAUACAUCAAAAUACUAUUGUAUAUGUUUAUGUAGUAUCUUCUUAAAAAUGCCUAGUGAAAUCUCAUGCUAAUUAACAUUAUGAAUGUGGUGAUAUAACAAAAAAAAGUGAUUUCCUUUCCAAAAGCUUGUCAAUAGCUGUC